UGAAGUGGAUGAGGCAGCAGUGAUAGACACACCCUACCCCUCCUCUAAGUGCUGGAGUGUGAGUGGUGUACGGGCAUGUACUGCUCAGGCACUCACAGAGUCACGCAGGGACAGAAGCAGCAGUACCGGGAUGUCACCUCACAGCUGCCCCAGGACUCACACAGCUGCGAGCCGCGGAGCAAAGUAGUCAGUGACUGGACCCUGAGGUGACUGCACUGGACAUAACCUGGAGGAAUGGUCUGACCUGCGCGGACCAGGGACUUCUACACAGGCAGGAUGUUGCUCCAUGGGAUCCUGAGUGCAGUAAUCGGCAAAACAACGCACCGUCAUGUGAAAUUAAAGAAUAUUCAGCCCAUAUGUAUAUUGAUGUGUAUUCUGACUAUCCCAGAAAUAGCUCAUGGAACUAGAUUUGAAUACAAAGCCGUCUUCAGUGCGCCAUGCGUGGAUCUUAUGACUUUAAGUACAUCUAUCCCUGAGCUGACUCAAUUUACUAUGUGCACAUACAUAAAGCUGGCUUCUUCUGACCCUUGGACUGCUUUCAUAUACCAAUUAACUACGUCCUCCAUCAAUGCUUAUGAAUUUGGUGUUCUUGGUGAUAGCAGCAGCUUGAAAAUAUGGAUGUUUGGCACUCAGAUAAAUGUGAUUGAAACACUAAACCCACAUACUUGGUACGAGAUCUGCAUUAUGUGGGAUGGCAAAGAUGGAUCAAUGGGAUUUUAUCUUGAUGGUACUCUAAAAGUAAACCGCAAACUGGAGAACAACACCAAACUGGUUGGAGGUGGCAGUGUGGUCCUCGGCUGCUCACAUUUUAAAGAACUAAAUGACUCUGUAUCUGUUGGGCUGGUUGGUGAGAUGUACAUGUUUAGGAUGUGGAACACUGCACAAACAUCCCAUUUCCAAAAGUGCAAGGAUGGGAAUGUUAUCAAGUGGAAAAUGUCUGACUGGAUCUACACCUCAAAAGUAGUGCAGCAAGAUUCAUCUUUGCACUGUGCAAAGGAAGAAGGAGAAGCUCCAACUUCAGGAACUUUAGGUCAGAUCAACAAUUACAUUCACAUGUUUCACAAAAGAUCUCUUCGAGAAACUACAGGGGGAGGACCCACUACUGUCCUGGAAGCUACAACUAAAUCUCCUAGUGUCCUUCCUGUUAAUUCACCAAGCCUCACUACAGGGGCUAACACAAUGACUGAUGGUUUUAAUACACUCUCAGUCGAAACCACAAAUAUAACUAAUGUCAGUGAAUUUACCAUUGGCACAUCCAGAAGCAAUACACUUUGGACAUCAUCAAUGAACACAAAUGUCAGCAAUGGAAAUGAUAGUUUCUCAAACAUAAGUACAUUUUCAACGUCUUCAAUUACUACCAACAUAAAUAAUGGGAGUAGUAGUUGGAGUAGUACUGUAACUUCUUGGCAAACAUCUUUGACCUCUGAGUCCCACCAAGUAACAAAUGGAAUUAUGAAUUGCUCCUUCAAUGACACCAGUGCAUUUCAGACAUGGCAAACAGAUCUCUGUAACACAACUUUGUGUAAUACAACAAGCCGUGAUCAUGGCUCAGCCUAUGAGAUGAUUAUUAAUGAGAUCAAUAAACUGGGUUGUGCACCGGCAGAAGUUGCAAUAAAGAACUAUCUACUGAGAAAUAAUUUAACGUUCUUUAUGAAAUCCUGCAGAGCUUUAGUAUUUGGAAUUGAUGAUACUACAAAGGACAUCUGUACCUUAAUAAGUGAAAAUGCUUUAUUCAUUAAGCAAUACAUAAAGAAUGUAAAUAGAAUAGAUUACUACUGCUGUUGCCAUGAGGAGUGUUCAUCCCUCAACUGUGUUAUCAGUACCCCUGUCUGUACUACUAGUGGAGAAACAGUUACCAAAGGAUUCCAGUCUACAACUUACGACAACAGUAACCAGACAAAUGGUAAAACUGUUUACAGUGGAUCUUCUGAAGCUUAUACAAGGGGAUCUAAUACAACUUUUAAUAGUAGUCCUAUUACAACCCUUAAUAUUAUAUCUAAUGCAACUGUAGAUGGUGGACUGAGUACAACUAUUGAUGGAAAAUCCAGCACAACAAUUAAAAGUGAAGUUACAUUAACAGUGAACAGCACAUUUGAAACAACACAUACAAGUGAAUUUACAUCAACUUAUCCUAAUGGAUCUACUGCAAGAGGUAACCAUGACACUGCAACAACUUAUAAUAGUGAGUCCAAUACAGCAGGAGGCAAAGGAUCAAUGACAACAACUCAUAGGGAACUCAAUGGAACAGUUAACAGUGGCACUACAACUAUAAAUAAUAGAUUGAAUACAACAGCUUAUAAUGGACCUACAAGUAAUAAUACCAUCAAUUCUACUGUUACCACUGGAUCCAUGUCAACCUAUCACAGUGGAUCUGAAACAACGUCUAGAAACAAUAAUAGUGUAACAACCACAAGUGGUUCAAACAAUUCCAGUUAUACUACAGAGUCAGCAAACUUUCCAGAUGAUUUAGGUAAUUUAUCAGACAUGCUCAAUUCCAGUAGUCUCAACGCAUCCACUGUAAAUAGAAUUGUGUCCCAACUAGAAAACCUGUUAACUAAAGAAGUGACGCCUAAUGUUACGAAAACAUUACUUGGUGUCUUGGACUCAUUUUUAAAUGUUAAUGAAACUCUUCUUGGACCGGUCUCGAACAGGUUAAUUAAAAUAGUCGAUCAAAUUGGCUUGCAGCUGACUUUCCCUGGAGAAAACAUUUCACUCACCUCUCAGUCCUUGGCACUGGCAGUGAGCAAAGUUAAUGAAAGCUUUUUCACCGGAACAUCCUUCGAUGUUGAGUCUUCAUCUGACCUACAGGUAUCUUUGGGUUCACAAGCACCUGCAAACAGUGAUGGAUCCAUUCUUCUUCCUGCUUCCCUAAUCAAUGACUUGUCUUCUGAUGCCAAAAAAAACGCUUCCAGAGUACAGUUUAACUAUUAUGCAAAGACUUCAUUUUUCAUGGACCUAUCCCUCUCUGAAAAAAAAUUGGUGAGCAAUGUUAUUUCGUCAAGUGUUGCAAACCUUUCAUUAAAUAAUUUAAGUGAAAAUAUAACGGUGACCCUAAAGACUUCAAAAACAAAUCGCUCAAAUGGAGUGGAGUGUGUAUUUUGGGACUUUAAUAAAAACAGUGGAAGCGGCGGCUGGUCAUCAUAUGGCUGCUCAGUUUAUAACAGAACACACAAUGAAACAGUCUGUAAAUGUAAUCAUCUAACCAGCUUUGGAAUACUGAUGAAUGUAUCACCCAAUGUUUCGUUGAAUCCAAAAGAUCUCUUGAUUUUGACCUUCAUCACAUAUAUUGGGUGUGGUCUUUCAGCAAUAUUCCUCUCCGUCACUCUUGUAACCUACAUAGCCUUUGAGAAAAUCCGGAGGGAUUACCCAUCUAAAAUUUUAAUUCAGCUUUGUGCUGCCCUGGUUUGCCUAAACCUUACAUUUCUCCUCAAUCCUUGGAUUGCACUAUAUAAUGACAUCCCUGGACUCUGUAUCUCUGUUGCUGCAUUUCUGCAUUAUUUUGUUUUGGUAUCAAUUACCUGGAUGGGCCUUGAAGCUUUUCACAUGUAUCUGUCACUUGUGAAGGUCUUUAAUACUUAUGUACGGAAGUAUAUCUUGAAAUUCUGCAUUAUUGGAUGGGGAGCUCCAGCUGUAGUCGUGGCAAUAAUACUUGCCGUUAAUAGAAAUUUGUAUUCUCUCAAAAUAAGUGGAACAUAUCCAAAUGGAUCAGCAGAUUAUUUCUGCUGGGUGGACAACACUGUAUUCUGGAUCACCGUAGUCGGAUACUUUGCUAUAAUAUUCCUGUUGAACAUCAGCAUGUUUGUUGUGGUCCUCAUACAACUGUGUCGCAUCAAGAAGCAGAAACAACUGGGCUACCAGAGGAAGACUACCCUUCAAGACCUGCGCAGUGUGGCUGGAAUUACUUUUCUACUGGGCAUCACCUGGGGGUUGGGCUUCUUUUCAUUUGGUCCUGGGAGAACAGUUAUCAUGUACCUGUUUACUAUAUUCAACAGUUUACAAGGUUUCUUCAUAUUUUUCUUCUACUGUGUAGCCAAGGAAAAUGUCCGCAAGCAGUGGAGGCGUUAUCUUUGCUGUGGAAGAUUCAGGCUUGCUGAAAAUUCUGAUUGGAGUAAAACAGCUACCAACAAACUAAGGAAACAGACUUCAAAACAAGGAGUAUCCAGCAGUUCCAGCAACUCUAUUCAGUCAACCAGUAAUACAAAUUCUACAACAUUACUAGUGUCAAAUGAGUACUCACUGCACCCAAAUACAAAUGGCAAUGUCUAUAAGGAGAAAAAUGGUGUUACCUUUAUGCCGCGGAAUGGUGAGAUGCCACUUCAAGAAUUUGCUGGAAGGCCGUCCAUCAGGAACGGUGAUUUACAACAGAAUUCUUUGAGAAGGACUUCCAAUAGGGGAAGCGUGCAUUUCAUUGAUCAGAUAUAGCUGGAUCUCUUGCUCAUUUGACAUGCCUUGUCUGGGAAUCCUGCACUCUAGAUGUGAGAAUACUAGCGGCUUGUAUAUUUCAACCUUCACUGAACGUAGCUGCCUUGGACUAUCAAGCACAGCUGAAAUUAGUCGCUGUUCCUCUAAUAAACUUAUAUUGGUCUAUAUAUUAGCCAAGUGAAAAGAACUGAGAGGUUUAUAUUGGAAUCCAGGACAUCGACACAGGAAAUAAUGUUUUUAUGCCUUGUUUAGUGCAUUAGCCAUCUUUCUUUACUGUAUUUUUAUAUAUUUAUUUUAUAUAUUAAGUUUAAUAUUAAUUUGCGUAUGAAGACUAGGUGUGCAAGUUGCAUUAAUAGUUUUAAGGGAACCAGUAAUGUUAAUCAUAAA